AUGCGGAACCCAGACGUCAUCAUAACGCAAGGUGGUCGUGGGAAUAGACUUAGUGAGACCACGCCCUUGUUACCACAGGCACGCUUAUCUUCGAUACGGAAGCCGCCUUCCGAUUCAGCAGCCAAAUCAGAACGGCAACUGUCAUCGACAAUCACGGGAGGUCCAGCAGGUCGACUCGCUGCGUUCACACCAUCGUUCAAACGUUUCGAACAAUGGUCCACAGUGAUUCGAGAUCCCUCAAGAUGGGACGCACGUGCCGUGGCCCAUGAGCUCCUCGUUCGACCCGUCAGCGUACUACCAGCAGUGUUCCUCGGGCUGUUGCUCAACCUCCUAGACGCGCUUUCUUAUGGAAUCAUUCUCUUCCCUCUUGGGGAAGAGGUCUUCUCCUCAAUGGGUCCAGACGGUGUCUCCAUGUUCUAUGUCAGCUGCAUCGUCUCGCAGUUGGUGUAUUCCUCCGGCAGUGUGUUCCGUGGGGGAGUCGGUUCGGAAAUGAUCGAAGUCGUGCCUUUCUUCCACAAGAUGGCUACAAUGAUCAUCGGCGUCAUGGGUACGGGCAAUCCUGAUGCUGUGCGAGCGACUGUUAUCACAUCAUACGCCAUGAGCUCUAUCCUGACAGGCGUUGUUUUCUUCCUCCUCGGUAGUGCCCGGCUGGGUACGCUCGUCAGCUUCUUUCCACACUCAAUUCUGGUUGGCUGUAUCGGCGGCGUUGGAAUUUUCUUAGUCUUGACAGGCGUCGAAGUCUCCGUUCGCCUGGAUGGAAAUUUCGCAUUUACGGGCGAGGUAUUCCAGAAGCUCAUUGAACCGCAUAGCCUGGCACAAUGGCUUCCUCCCUUGGCUCUGGCAAUCAUUCUUCUAGUGGUCAAGCGGUACUACGACCGAGCAUGGCUGGUCCCGGCUUAUUACAUCGGAAUCACUGCCGUAUUCUACAUCGUGACAACUGCUCUACCAUCGGUCAACAUGGAAGUCCUUCGCGGUGCUGGAUGGGUCUUUGAUGCGCCUGAUGCAAGCGUAUCAUUCUACAACUUCUACAGCUACUACCAAUUCGAAAAGGUCGAUUGGUCUGCAGUGUGGAAGACCGUUCCAUCUCAAUUUGCGCUCACAUUCUUCGGCAUCCUACACGUACCUAUCAACAUUCCCAAUCUGGCUUUGAAAACCCAGGAGGACAAUGUCAGCAUCAACCGUGAGCUCAUCCUUCACGGUAUAUCGAACACGUUGUCGGGAUGCGUCGGGAGUAUCCAAAACUACCUCGUAUACGUCAACAGCGUUCUCUUCAUGGACACUGGUGGAAACAGCCGGUUGGCUGGUGUGCUUCUCGCCGCGGCCACAGCUGGACUUUGGGUUGCCGGACCUGUCGUCAUUGGCUACGUCCCAGUCAUGGUCGUCGCCACGCUCAUCUUCUACCUUGGCAUCGAUCUGGCGAAGGAGGCCUUGGUGGAUACCUACGGCCGUCUGCACUCUCUCGAAUACUUGACUAUUGUCAUCAUCGCUGUAGUCAUGGGUAUUCACGACUUUGUUGUUGGCGUGGCGGUUGGUAUCGGUCUGGCCUGUCUCGUGUAUGUGGUCCAGACAUCUCGCAAGCCGGUCGUGCGCGCUCAAUUCUCCGGCGCCAUCGCCGAGUCCACGGUCCGAAGACCUGCACGCCAGCGUGCCUACCUGCAUCGCGUCGGCGCACAAAUCCGUGUGGUCAAGCUUGGCGGGUAUCUUUUCUUCGGCAGUAUUGUCAAUGUUGAGAAGACCGUGCGGGCUAUGCUCGACGCUGAUGCUUUCACGGCGAAUCCCAUUCGCUUUCUCGUCCUCGACUUCGCUCAUGUCACUGGCAUUGAUUUCUCCGCCGCCGAAGCCUUUGCUCGCAUAAAUCGCCUCCUUCAUCGACGUCGCGUCGAAAUGGCAUUCGCGGGCGUUGAUCUACAGGAUGAGGUCGGACGUGGGCUUCAAAUGGAUGGCCUCUUCAUCGAGGUAGAUGCCGGCGGUUUGGACGAGGAGCCGAUUGCACCACCUAAAGUCUACGAAGACUUGAAUGGUGCACUCGAAGCUUGCGAGAACAUCCUGCUCAUUACUCUGCUUCAAGAACAGCAAAGCGGUGGGGUCCACAGGAGACCCACCAACGGCACAGGCGACGUACAAUCUAGCAAUAACCCGGUCCCUAUCCGAAUUUCAGCUGCAGCCAUCGACAACAUAGCUGGUUCGCCACGCACAGCGUUCCGCCAACAAGCCGCAACACAGACGCUCACUGAGAGUAAUCAACAUCAUUCUCCCACCACUCCCUUCCUGCUCAACACUGCUACCACGCAACCACUGCUGCGACUCCCUCCAUCUUCCGAGUCUGCCGAUCAACAACCACAGCAAUACGAUCAACCGCUCCAGCUGCUUCUUCUCGCCUUCCAAUCUCACACCACUCAGAAUGCCGAUUUCUGGUCGCGUGCCGCGCCUUACUUUGAACGGCGCUGCUUCUCGCCAGGCGAGCGUCUAUAUAGUAGAGGUGACAAAGCCGACGGGCUUUACCUCGUACAAAAGGGCAUCUUGCGCGCUCGAUAUGCUCUAGAGCAGGGCAACUAUCACGAGACCAUCGUCGCAGGCACUACCUGCGGCGAAUUACCCUUCUUCUCCGAGACGCGCCGUACCUCGGACGUGCGAGCCGCAGGCUCGGUGAUUGCCUGGCGGUUGACGACGGCGCGCUGGCAAGCCCUCCAGGUAGAACAUCCCGAUGUGGCGAGAGAGCUCUUGAAGGUUGGGUUGAGAUUAAGCGCUGAGCGGAUGAACGCUGUGACUAGCUAUGUCUUGAUCACAGCGAGCUGA